AUGUUCGCCCGUGUAAAGAACGGGGCCUAUCCGGCCACCGGCCAGCCUUUCAAAGUGUCCGACCAAAUGAGUCCAAUUCGUCAUAGUGACAAUGAUGAAACGAAAAUCGAAUGGUGGGGACGGACGCCCGGAAUGGCACAUUGUACUAUAUUUGAUAUCAAUUCUGAGAAACACCCUCACGUUAUAUUCGAGGCGAGGACGAAGGUGAACCGAGGGUGCGGCAACAAGCUGGACUACAACCGCAAGCAAAACAGACGCACGAAACACGUGGAGUUCGUUCAGACCAUGCUAACAGACGCCACGGAAUAUACAGGGAGAACGAUGGAUUGGUGGAAAAGCGGUCUGAGUUCCCGAGGAAUAAGAAGGUUCAAACGGGAUGUUCGAGAAACGACUAAAUAUAUUGAAACAGCUCUGGUCAUUGAUAAAGCUAUGUUUGAUAGACGAAAUGGCAGCACUCGAUCCGAAGUCGUUCAUGACGCUAUCCAAGUAGCCAAUAUCGCUGAUUUGUACUUCCGUACCCUGAACACUCGUGUGUCUCUGGUGUACAUCGAGUCGUGGCAGAGCGCUGACCAGGCGGAUAUAGAUAAGAAACAGGACAUAACUAGAGCCAUACAGAAAUUUAGCGACUACUCUGCAAGAAAACUCUUCACAAUUGAGAAAGAUACGACCCAGCUGCUGACGGGGCAAAACUUUCCUGGAUUUGAAUCUGGCAUAUCAGUUCCCGACACGAUGUGUACUGCCAAGUCUGUGGGCAUCUCAGUUGAUGGGAACACGUACGAGCCUCAUCUCCUGGCCGGCACCAUGGCACAUAUGAUAGGACACAAUAUUGGCAUGGGUCACGAUGACGGUCGGGAAAACUGCUUCUGCCGUGACUGGCACGGCUGUAUAAUGGCCCAGUCUAUCGUAGGGUUAGAAAACGUGCAACCUUACAAGUUCUCCGAAUGUUCCAAGAAUGAUUAUAUCAACGAGCUUAGAAUUUCACAAGGCCUUUGUCUGCUCAAUAAACCCAAUGAGUUGGUGGUACAUCGACAAUGCGGUAAUGGAAGAUUGGAUGAAGGAGAGGAAUGUGACUGCGGCACCAUCUCGGAAUGUCAACACAUGAACUCCUGCUGCGAUCCUUUUACUUGCAGACUUACAAAGGAAGCUCAGUGUGCUGAGGGUGAAUGCUGUGAGAAAUGUCAGCUUAAACAUCGUGGUAUUGUUUGUCGGGAAGCGACGAAUGAGUGUGAUUUGGAAGAGACUUGUACCGGUCUUUCUGGAGCUUGUCCAAGUGAUGCUUACCGAAAGAACGGCGAGCCUUGCGAAUCUGGUAAAGGGUAUUGUUUCGCUGGUCAAUGUCCUACGCUGUCUACACAGUGUGAGAAAAUCUGGGGCCCUGGAGCGAAUGGCGCUGAUAAAGAGUGCUUCGAACAGUUCAACUCUAAAGGUUCGAUGACCGGACAUUGCGGGAAAGAUUCGAGUGGAAAUUUCAUGAAAUGCGAAACUGAGAAUGUUAGAUGCGGUUCUCUUCAGUGUCAAUCCGGGAACAGAUAUCCAGUUGUAUCAGGCAUGGACGAUUAUUACACCAGGACUGUUAUCACAAUUAAAGGCCAAGAGUAUGAUUGCAAAGCAACAACGGGUGUUCCUGACCUGGCGGAUACAAUGCGUCUCGGGUUGGUUCGUGAUGGCACUCCGUGUGGUGACAACCUGAUCUGCGUCAACCAGACCUGCACAUCCAUCUUCCCUUACAUAGACCACACGAAAUGUCCCACGGAUCAUAACAAUAACGAAUGCUCGGCAAAAGGGAUGUGUUCAAACCUGAACAAGUGUGUGUGCAACCGUGGCUGGACUGGACCAGACUGUUCACAGCCAGAUGCUCUUCCUCCAUCACCAACUCCUGGUAUUCCCGAGAACACAACAAAGGCUGCGUACAACAUGACCAAGAAAGAGACACCGUACGAGAACUACCACGGCUCGAACACGGUGUUCCUCGUGGCGGUGCUCAUGUCUGUGGUAGGGGGGGUAUUCAUAGUAUUUGCCCUGAGCGCUCUCUGCUACAGGUCAGUCGUAGUACACAAAAACUUCUCCCUGUGCCUAAGGAAAAAGAGCACUCUGCCCAAGUACGAUCCGCCGUACGUGAAAAAACCGAUCGCUAAAAGCUUCGCGGCUGGUUCAACAACAUCCAAUAAUUCUCAAGAGGAUAUAUCGCUAGAUGGAGGGAAGAUGCACUCUUUUAAUAACACAUUCAGCCGAGGGGACUCCCAACGAGUUAUCUUCAGACACGGGAAUCACAUGUCAGGAGCUGGCACCACCAGCAGAUAUCCAGAUCAUAAACAAAUGAAACGUGUACACUCCGGCAGUGAAGACGAACCGACACACUCUGGAGAAGAAGAUAUAGCCUUUAUAGAUGUAGCACCUAAUUCGAUGGCCAAGUUGCCUGAAAAGGGUAUUUUGAAGAAACACGGUUAUGGAGCAGUAGACGGGAAGGAUAAAUGGGCUGAAGAUUCUCAAUCAGAACAACUAGAAGCUGGUUCCCAAUCCGAUGGUCAGGAACAUACGGGCGCAGUGGCUGACAUGGAGUAUAAGUUUAAGGAUCUAAACGGCUAUCACGAAAACAUAAUAGUAGCGCUUAAAACUGCAGCCGCUCAACGAGCGAGUGCAGGACAGGCAGUUGGUUCAGGGGACCUUAGAGCUUUACAGGAGUAUGAAUACAAACGAGAAAGAGUGCCCAGCGCAGAGAAAAUACACGAAACAGAACUCCGAAGACAAAGAGGUGAUGAAGAAGAAGAUGAAGCGCCACCUUGCGGGCCCAUCAGGAUCAGGAACUUAGAAGAUUUAAUAAGACAACUGGAACACCAUUCCAGCAGACAUAUGAGUCCAUCUGGGUCUGAAGAUAUUAGAAUGUCAGAAACUGAAGCCGACCGACAUUAUAGGAUCGAAGGCGAGGUGCCGCCUCGAUGCCGUGGCCGGAUCCCUCCUACUGAAGAGGAGGCUCGUUUCGGUUACCCUCGGUUCAGGGGUAGCACGCGUCAUCACCCCGCUAUGUUCGGUCCACCGGCUACCUCCCCGGGCCUGCUGACCCAUGGGUCUCUAGGGCCCCACGGGUCUUUAGGGCCCCACGGGUCUCACCCACUAGGGCACGGACCUCUUCGUGCCCCACCCGACGAUGACGCCCUAUAUGAAACCGCUGAUGCGGAAAGAUUACGGGAUGCCCCAGACAGCGAGAGUGAUGAAUUUAUUCAAGCUCAACAACAGUUAGCCCGGUGGGCGAGUGAAGAGGCUGUCCCCGGCCGCGAGUACUUCCCCUCGCCCCGCUCCCCGCGCUCCCCGGCCGGCAGCUCUGCCAGCGAGCUCCCGGCCGCCUUCCCGGAGUACAAGCACUGA